AGAAAUAAAAUUAAAUUACCUAUUACUUUGUGAUUGUAUAUAAAAUUCUGUAGAACAAUUCAGACUAUUAGUAGAAAUUUUAUUCUCAGAGACUGGAAAAGGUAAAAAUCAUCACAGUAUAAAAGACUUAAGAAAAAACUUCUUCAACACACCCAAAGUUUUGUUUAACUCUUUAUGUAUUAUACCUGCACUGAACUUAUCUUAUCUUCGGCAUAGAAACUUAUCACAGUCGGUUGAUUCAUUAGCUGAAAGUUUGUAGGGUGAACUAGAUGUUGAGACAUUUUUUGCUCCAAUAUUUAUUAAUAGAAUCAGUAAUAAUGGCAAGAAAAAUUAUUUAUUUAUCAUUAUUAAUAAACAAUAUAAUAGUAUAUUUUGGAAGUAAUUUAGUAAAUUGUCAAAUUCGAAGAAUUCCACAAUAUUUAGAAGAAUGUUAUUUAAACGAAACAUUUUACGGACCUCAAUUGCCUUUGACAUUACCAAUAUUCAUUGACAUAGUUCGCAAAAUUGAGGCAUAUUCUCACGAUACAAUGGAUUUAAGAACAUUAACAUCAUCAAUGUUACAUAGAUUCAAGUUUGACGGAAUAGAGUUUCAUAAAAAUAUCAAUUUCAAACCAGGAAUUUUGCCAUUUGGUGGAACAGGAUCACAACGUACAAAGAAUGAAAUUGUUAAUAAAUUGAUUCCAGGUAGUGUAGAAAUUUUUCCAGAUCAUUCACUGAGUCUAUUAGAACGCUGUACUUUGCAUCGUAUUUUGUCAAAUACAAUCAGUGAGGCUGAGUCACCACAAACAGAUCAAUUGUGUGCUGAAAGGCCAACAGAAAAAAUUCUGGGUUCAGAAAAUAUAAGACAGAAGAAGAUUUGCCCCACUGAACAAGGAGUUAUUUUAACUCCAUUUAAAACUGUUACUCUGGGAUCCAUAAUAGCAGCUAUGGCAGCAGCUCUGCAGCAUCAAAAUGUUGCAGUGAAACUUUUAUUCGAUACAGUUUCAUCAUCUGCUAAUUCUUCAGUUGCUCCACCUCAUUCUGAUGAAUUUAAUGAAGAAGUGGAUAUCAUCUUACCAAGGAAUCAGAUGCUUUUGAACAAGUCUAUGUCACUUAACUCUUUGAUCAACUCAGAUGUAGAAGUAGAUAAUAUUUGGUUAGCUACAAUUGCUGGGGAAUUAGCAGAGUUGGUUGUUUAUCAAGGCCCUCUAGUAGGUUCUGAAAUGAUUUUCGGUUCAGCAGGAUUUUGGAACAGCACAAUGAGACCACAAAUAUAUUAUUUAGUACAAACGAAUGAUGACUUUGAUGUUACUAGAGCAGAAAUUAUUGGAGCAAUUGAUGGUUUUAUCAUAGCAAAACAUCUAAAAACAUGGCUUUCUCUUUUCAAUAACUUGAGAUUGAGUCAGAUACUAGACAUGUACUACUCAUCAAGAGGUUUCCUUUCUGACUCAGUUGGAGCCUGCAAACGAAAGUAUGCUUUCUGGCCAGUAGCUUCGAGAACUAUUUUGGAAGAGCAGGUUUUUGCAGCAUCUCAAUUAUUAGCUUACAAAAGAAGUGUUGCUCACAUGACCAAUGAAGCUUUAAAAGAAAUAACGACAUAUGCUGUCAAAAAAUUCACCAAUUAUGUAAAUAACCAUCUAUUUCCUGAAAUUAACUGUCCAAAGGACAAAAUAUAUCCUCGUGCUGAAAUUUUUGUGAUUUUUGAUGGUGCCUGGUCAAGAGAAUACACUGCAGAUUUUUUUGCUGUAUUACUAGAAGAUCUGAAUAUUUCUAAAUUUGGUUCUAAAAUUGGAUUUCUUCAUGGAACUACAGCAGAAUGGCUUCUCAAUAUCACAGAUAGUCCUUCUAGAGUUCAUGAAGAAUUUAUUUCACAACUAAAUUCAAUUUUCUGGCCAACUUACUUGAAUUUCAUGAAGAAUUUUCAACUAAUGAAGACAUAUUUAACAGAAAAAUGGGCAGAAAAACAAAGAAAUCAUUCAAUAGGAAGCUUAAGUCAAGUUCUGAUUUUUUUAACAUCUCAAGGUAUCCAAACGGAGCAUGAUGAACUUGAUCAAAUGAUUAAUUCAAUGAAGGAUUUUAAAGAAAGUCAUCCUGACGUGAAUUUAUUAUAUUAUACAAGUGAAAAACAUUCUGAGAGUUUGAAAAAAUUUUUAAUAUCUGAAGAAGAUCAUGUUAUUGAUACUUUGAAAAUAAAUGAUAUUAGUCGAAAACUUUUAGAGGUUCCAAAAAGUAUAAGGCCAGCUUUAUGUAAUCCAAAUGUUACCAAUGGAAUAAGAGAUCAAGUUGAAGACUACAUCAAACCACAAGAAGUUAUAACAUAUCGAUUGGAUCCUCAAUGGAGAAUUAGAACGAAACAAGUUAUUACAACUGUUACAUCUUUUGCUUAUGGUACUCUAGAAAUUUGUUCAUGGAGUCAAAUGAGGAAUAGUGUGAAAAAAAAUAAUUUUAAAUGUGGAGAAUUAUCAGGACAUUCAGAAAUGAAAUUGAUGGAUUUUUUUAAUUGUAAAAAAAAUUUCAACUGUCCUGCUAUGUUUUACCAAAUUCGAGGAAUAAUUUCUCAAAAAAAAUGCGCAGAAAUUGACUGCAAAUCACCAGAUUAUAUAAGAUUUUUACUACGUUUAGAAAAUCUCCAAUGCUCGAGUGCUAAAAUUUUAUUAUCUAAUUUAUCAAUAAUUUUUUUAUUAUUUUUAUUUAUAUAUUUUCUAUAA